AUGGCGGAGUCGGAGGCCGGCGGUGGAUCCAGAUCUUUGGAGUACACACCAACAUGGAUCGUUGCUGUUAUCUGCUCCAUCAUCGUUCUCAUCUCUUUGCUUGCUGAACGCGGCCUUCAUCUUCUUGGCAAGUGGCUAAAACGAAGUCAUCAAGAUGCGCUUUACGAGGCCUUGCAGAAACUACAAGAAGAAUUGAUGCUGUUGGGAUUCAUAUCGUUGCUGUUGACUGUUUCUCAACGUACGAUAAGCAAAAUCUGCAUUCCAUCACAUCUUGCCAACUACAUGCUUCCAUGCAAACGAAAAGAAGAAAAAGAAACAACCCAUCAUUUAAUCUUCAAUUUCGGGCGGCAUCUUCUGUCCGAGGAAGACCCCGGUACGAAUCACUGCACCGCCAAGGGAAAGGUGCAACUCGUUUCGUUAGAAGGAUUGCAUCAACUUCAUAUAUUCGUAUUCGUUUUAGCAGUUGUUCAUGUCAUCUUCUGUGCCACCACCAUGGUCCUUGGAGUUGCUAAGAUACGAGAGUGGGAGCAUUGGGAGCACUCGAUAAACAGGCUCAAUGGACCAGCGAAGAACGGUCACGGUCACAAUUAUCGCCAGUUUUUUGCGCAACGUACAAUUGGACAUUACAGAAAGUUGCCAGUAGUUCGAUGGAUUGUAUCAUUCUUCAAGCAAUUUUAUGGAUCAGUGACCAAAGCAGAUUACCUUGCACUUCGAACAGGAUUCAUACAGGAACAUUGUCGUGGCAACCCGAAUUUUAACUUUCACAAGUACAUGUUACGAACAUUGGAGUAUGAUUUUAAAAAAAUUGUUGGCAUAAGUUGGUAUUUGUGGCUCUUCGUCAUUGUCUUUUUGCUUCUCAACAUUAGUGGUUGGUACACAUACUUCUGGUUGUCGUUUUUGCCCCUCAUUCUUCUACUGCUCGUGGGUGCUCACUUAGAGCACAUUAUUACUCGUUUGGCAAGAGAUGUUGCCGAGAAAAGUGGGGACGCAGUAAAACCCACCGACGAUCAUUUUUGGUGCAAUAGCCCUAAAAUCAUCAUUUACUUGAUUCAUUUCAUCUUGUUUCAAAAUUCUUUUGAAAUCGGUUUCUUUUUCUGGGUUUGGACAACAUAUGGAUUUGACUCUUGUGUCAUGGAAAAAGUGGGCUACAUUGUCACCAAACUUGUUCUUGGGGCUAUUGUUCAAGUGCUUUGCAGUUAUAGCACUUUACCUUUGUAUGCCCUUGUAUCUCAGAUGGGAAGUAUGUUCAAACGAAGCAUAUUCAACCAACUUCAACUUGACCUCAUCUCUGAUUGGGUUGGAGAAAGGGGGCGACCUGACUCAAGCUUAGCUGGAAGCAGUCAUCCUCACAGAUUAGAAAAUCAACCACGACUAAAUGAUGAAACUAUAACAAUCGAUCAAGGAACUACAACCUCGACGAUAGAGUUGUCAAGUCCGGUUCUUAUUCCAGAACAAGUAUAACCACUUGGAUUCAUCAAUUAACCAAUAUAUCGACUUUCGAUAAUAUCAUUAGAGGCUUGGGAAUGCAUACUUUAACAUCGUGUAGUAGUAUCGUUUGGUUCUUUUUACUAAAACUUGACUUAGUGUGUGAGAAAGAUGGAUAAUUAUUCAACAUGGAAA